GUCUCCUCCCCGGCUUGCGACACCUCUGACCUGCUAACGUGACACGUUCGAUGGAGUCGUGGGAAACGUGCCAGUGAUGCGUUACAUCAGGACAACUGCGACAAUGAUCGAGCCCGCGGAAUUCAGAAAGAAAUGAUGACAGAUUGAACUCUAGCUGUGAUUAUUUCGGACAAUAUGAACGGAAUCACCGCGUCAGUGGACAAACCUGUGACGGAAGUGGAAUCGCCGAAGGAUGAGCCCAAGCCGAGCAAGUCGGGCGUCCGCGAGAAGCUAAUGCACAUCAGAUCCAGCAUAACCGUCGAGCCGAUCAUCGCUUGCUAUAUAAUGUCAAAUGUGUUUUCUGGACUGGCUGUUCAGAAUUUGAAUUUGGAAAAGGCGUGCCGAGUAAAUUUGGGGUACAGUGACGAAGUGUGUUCCGCUUUGAACCAGCGGCAGACAGAGAACUACACGACUGAGGAAGCUGAAGUUCAGAAGCUGACAGCGUCAGUGCAGGCGUGGAAAAAUAUUGUUCAGACUGCGUUUCCUUGUAUUUUGCUGUUGUUCGUCGGCGCCUGGAGCGACAAGACUGGAAAGAGGAAAGCAUGUAUUCUAGUCCCGAUCGUUGGGGAGGUGCUGUGUUGCACGAGUCAUAUUCUGAAUACAUAUUUCUUUUACGAGUUGCCUCUGGAGCUCACGGCCCUCUCGGACUUGUUCCCUUCGCUCACGGGAGGAUGGAUUACGGUGUGCGUUGGUGUGUUCAGCUACAUCGGUGACGUCACGACCAAGGAAAUGAGGACAUUCAGAGUAGGAGUGGCCAAUUUGUGUAUGUCCCUGGGAAUACCUAUAGGGAUGUCGUUGAGUGGUAUACUGUUGCAGCAGAUCGGUUAUUACGGCAUAUUUUUCAUAUCGAACUGUUUGUAUUUGACGAGUUUAAUAUACGGCUAUAUUCGGCUGAAAGAUCCAGUCAUAUCACAGGAGAGACAACAAGAGCUGCCAACGGGAUGUCGAGGCUGGUUGUGGUCCUUCUUCGACGCCCGACACGUGAAGGAGACCUUGACUGUGGCGUUCCGCAGCGGGCCCCGGAGACGGAGGCUCAGGGUGUCCUUGCUCAUCGUUGUGGUGUGCGUAAUAUUUGGACCUUUACAUGGUGAAAUGAACGUGUUGUACCUUUUCAUGAGGUACCGGUUCAACUGGAAUGAGGUUCAGUUCAGUAUGUUCUGUACGUACAGCAUCAUCACAAACCUCGCCGGUACACUAUUUUCCAUCAGCAUCUUCAGCGACUUCAUGAAGCUGGACGAUACGGUGGUGGGCAUUAUCUCCUGCACCAGCAAGAUCCUCGCCUCCUUCAUAUUCGCCUUUGCCACCACCACCUUCGAGAUUUACAUGGCGCCUUUGGUGGAGAUUUUCAAUGGCACAUCUUUCAUUGCAAUGCGGUCCAUUGCGUCUAAAUUGGUGACCAGCGAGGAAUUAGGUAAAGUGAACUCUCUCUUCGGCCUAGCCGAGGCCAUGAUGCCCCUGGUCUACGGCCCGCUGUACUCUCGUGUGUACAUGGCGACCCUGAACAUUAUGCCCGGGACCGUCUUCCUUCUCGGGGCGGCCAUGACUGUACCUGCUGUUGCUAUCUUUGGAUGGAUGUACUUUGAGCAGCAGAAAGACAAUAGUAUUGAAGAAACCGAAAAUGUGAAUAAAAACGUGUAACCCUUAAGCAAAAACCUUCAAAAGCAUUUACUAUAAGUGAAAAAUAGACGUUUUCGUGGGUUUAAGGGUGAGUUGCACCAUCAAAUUUGACAUUGAUUUUAACCGGUGCAUCGCUGACGUGUAGGCAAAAUGGCGUACAUCGUGUUUUCAGCACUCGUUACAGUUAACGUCAUAGUUGACGGAGCAACCCACCCUAAGUGUAUGAGAAAUAAAUAAAUGCUGUAUAAAAGGAAA